AUGGGUGCCAAAAUUCUCGGACUUGGAGGAAAACCGGUGGCAUUCUUUUCUCGAACAUUGAAGCCUCAUGAAAGGAAACAUCAUGCAGUGGAGAAGGAGGCUUGUGCUAUUGUGGAGGCAUGUCGUGCGUGGCGACAUUACUUAGUUAGCCGGCACUUUAAAUUACUUACGGAUCAGCAGGCUGUUUCGUACAUAUAUGAUGAAAAGAAUCAUGGAAAGACUAAAAACAGCAAGAUAGACCGAUGGCGUAUUGAACUCAGCUGUCUAGACUUUGACAUAGAGUACAGACCAGGCCCGCUUAAUGUCACAGCGGACUGCUUGUCAAGAGCAUUUAGUGCUGCUACAUAUCAUACAGGUCCUUCCCUCUCUCGGAUUCACGAAGAACUAUGUCACCCUGGGGUCACUAGAAUGUAUCACUUCGUUAGGAGUAAGAAUCUUAUCUAUUCUCUAGCGGAGGUAAAAGAGACCAUCGCGAAAUGUGUGGUGUGUUCUAAGAUUAAACCACGUUUCUGUAAGUCCGAGAACUCUCCAGUGAUUAAGGCAACACAACCUUUUGAACGAUUGAGCAUUGAUUUUAAGGGACCCUUACCAAGUGGUACAGGGAACAGGUUCAUAUUAACUGUAGUUGACGAGUACUCGAGGUUCCCGUUUGCCAUUCCGUGCCGUGAUCAAGAGUCAAGGACAGUGAUUAAGGCGCUCAUGAAUUUAUUUUCAUUGUUCGGUACUCCGGGGAUGGUUCACUCGGAUAAUGGACCAUCACUCGUCUCUCACGAAUUCAGAUCAUUCCUAAUUGAGAACAACAUUGGAUUCUCAAAUAGCAGCCGGUAUAACCCCAGAGGAAAUGGCCAAGUUGAAAGAUAUAAUGCCGUUAUAUGGAAAGGAAUUGAACUGGCGUUGGCUAGUAAGAAAUUAGCACCAUGUCACUGGGAACAGGUCCUCCCUCAAGUUCUGCACUCUAUCCGCACCUUAUUAUGUACCUCAACUAAUCAAUCACCUCAUGAGCGAUUAUUUACUUAUGUUAGGAGAUCUGCCACAGGUAAUUCUCUACCUUCUUGGCUUAUUGGGGCAUCCAAGGUUCUUCUUAAGAAACACGUGAGGUCUAAUAAGUACGAUGAUUUGUGCGAAGAGGUGGAUAUUGUCUCACUACAGCCUGAAUCUGCUAAAUAG